AAGCAGAGCAGGCUGCAGUGAAGAAGUGAAGCUGCACAACAGUGGGACUCCCUGCAGACAGAGGACACAAAACAGGUGUUGGACUGUCCGUCUGACACGUUACCAAAAUCUGACUGAUGUCUGAUGUCUCUAAGAGCUAUGGACUGGGAGAAGUCACUGAACCGAUCCAGGGUGAACUCUUCUACUCCAGCUUCUUCUUCAGCUCUGUCCAUGUCUGAUACUUCAUCCUCCUUUUCUUCAGCUUGCUGCAACUCCUCUCGCCCCUUGUUCUCAACCUCCCCGUUUUCAGCUCCAUCCUUUUCUGGCCUGGACCUCCUGUUCAACCUGAAGCUCCUCUUCAUCCCUCUCUACUCUGCUGUGGUCCUGAUCGCCUGCUCCGGCAACCUCCUCCUACUCUUUCUUAUCUGGCACAACAAGAAAAGACACAAUACCACAAACUUCCUCAUCAGCAACUUGGCACUCGUCGACCUGGUCAUGUGCAUCUUCUGUGUCCCUUUGACCGCAUCCUACGCUUUUGACAAGCGUGGAUGGGUAUUUGGACCCCACAUGUGUCACUUUGUCACUGUCAUGCAGUCUGCAGCCGUCUACGCAGCGGUUCUGUCCCUCAUGGCCAUCGCAGUUGAUCGUUACGUUGUUGUGGCUUAUCCCAUUCGCAAAAGAGUGGGCUGUCAGUUUUGCUGGGGUCUGGUGGUCCUAAUCUGGCUGUCCUCUCUGGCUUUAUCCACACCUACAGCGCUGCACACUGUCUACUUGGACCUGCGGGCUGCAGGCCUGCAGAUGGCUGUGUGUGAGGAGUUCUGGGAUGGCCAGGAGCGAGGUCGCCUCAUUUACUCCUGUUUCAUUCUCUUCUUCUCUUACUUUGUCCCACUGGCUGCUGUCUCCAUUUCCUACUGUGCUAUAUCCUAUCAGCUGAAGCAGAGGACCACAUCUGGCUUGACGGCUUGUCCAGAGUUGAGAUCUGCACAGGCCGCCUGGAGCAGACGGAGGAAGAAGACCUUCUUCCUGCUGCUGGUGUCGGUCCUCUGUUUUGCCUUUUCAUGGCUCCCCUUACAGGUGGUGAACCUGAUCCGUGACCUGGACACAGACUUCUCCAUCUUGGGGAAGAAUUAUAUUAAUGUCAUCCAGGUGUCAAGUCACCUGUUUGCCAUGAGCUCUGCCUGCUACAACCCUUUCAUUUAUGCCUCAUUACAUGACAAGUUCCUGUCCUAUCUGUGUCGCCGCUUCCUGUCCCGGAGGAGAGGAAAAGGAAAGGAGCGAGGCCAAGGAUCAAGCAUCUUAACAAUGUCUCAUAGAAUGCCGCGUCUUCACACCUCCACCAUUGUCGCAGAUUUACCAGGUGCUGUAGCAAAUAACAUUCCUCAAGACAACUACACUUAAGUUGUUGUUUCAGAUGACUAGGCACACAAAUUUUAUCCACUGCCGUUUUCUUCAGUUCAGUUGGGUGUAAAUCUCUGUAUCAGAAAUGACACAGUAUAUCUUCUUCACUUCAUAUUUACUAAGAAGCUAGUCAGCCUUCAUACUGACAGACAAACGGAGUGAAAAGAGAAUUUGUUUAAAGCACAAAGUGAAGCUGCAAGGCUUUCAUGCAAUAGCUGUGUACAGCAGAACAUGGUCACAAACAAAAGUACACAAUGGGUCAGUGACUUUGAAUGGAUUUAUAAAGGUGUAAAAACAUCAGCCUUCUUUGGUUAAAAGGAUUUACGUGUAAUGACAUAUCUUUUAUGUAUGAAUGUUUAUGUGCUGAAAAUCCAUGUAGCACUGAAAAAAAAAAAAAAAAAAAAAACGCUGUUGUGAGCUUAAAAAUACAUGUUAGACAGUGAUUUUGCUCUGUCCUGGCAAAUAAAACACAGUGAAGUUUUUCAUGAUUUUUCAUUGAAUUCUAUGUGUGUGUGUGUGUGUGUGUAUAUAUAUAUAUAUAUUUAUUCUUGUGCAUAUAUACUUCUCUGCAUCAACUUUAUGACAUUAAUAUAUAUAUUAUAAUGUGCUGUUCUUAUUUAUUUGCCAUUUAUGUCCAUUUUAACUGAUAAUGUAUUUGUUUAGUUGUGUAUGUGUUUAUUACAUGUGUAAUGUUAGAUAUAUUUAGUUGAAUUCCACUCAAUAAACAGGUUUAUUUAAAUCAUCUGUCACUGACAAUUUUAUUUAUUAAGAGUUUCUGCCUUGAGUCACAGAGCACUUUUCACUCUUUCUGCAACUGCAGCUGUGACAUUUGAUGAACACAAUGCAAUAUGUAAAACACGCGGUGUUGUUAAAAUGUCAACUUUAAGAUUGUGCUAGAGUCAUUAAGACAUGUAAAAAUAACAGAGUGAAUAAACCUGAGAGAAGGUUUAAUGAAUAAAGAAAUUUAAAACAAACAAAGAAACAAUGUCCUGAUACUUCUGAGUUAAGUUAAAGCUUUGCUAUGCAAGGAUAUUUUUUGCAGCUGGGCGCCCCUCCAGUUUCAGAGAGCAAUUCACUUUUACACCACUGUGGUAAAUCCAAAUCUGGCCCUGACCCCUAAUGGACACCUGAACAUGUAUUUGUUGAACUGAAAUAUUGAGUCCGAGUGUGGUAUCAGCAGGUUUGCUAACAUCAUCUCGAGAUGUCUAGCUAGCAGCUAAACCUCCAAAAUGGGCUGACUUGGCCUGCGAACAAAAACUAAUGAGUCAACAACUUUGCUGACACAAACAUCAAGCAAGUGCAACAACACAAGACAAGCUAAUAUUACUCACCAGCUCUAUGCACAGCAGUCCAGCAGCAAGAGGACCAGCUCAGUGCGAAGCUCUCGCCAACGUCCAACUGCCAGUCCGACAUUUACUCUCGCCGGCCCUGUUGCUUGGUCACACUCACAUUUUCACCUCUUAGCCUCCUCUGUUAACGUCCUCCUCGGCCUCUAAGCCGCGGGCAAGAGACCAUUCCGAAAAUAACGAUCUAGUUUGUUUUUACAGCUGUCUAAGCACGCAUAGAUGGUGGUUUGUGACAUGACGCCAUUAAGCGUAAUAAAAUUAUUUUUUUCAGCCGUGGUGGGCGAAGACCCGCCCCUACCCAAGCCUCUGAUUGGCUGGUACCUGUUUCAAAGAUCUACUGACAGCUAUAGCUACAUUUCUCAAAUUGUGCUUAGGUCACAAUGCAAUUGUUGUGUAUGUAUGUGUGUAUAUAUAUAUAUGUGUGUGUGUGUGUGUGUGUGUGUGUGUGUGUGUGUGUGUGUGGACAUACACACACUUCAUACCAACCACAUAUAUAUAUAUCCAACAGAUCAGAGCAGCUCUACUGAAAGCAGUCACUUUUACUGGAAAACCAGCGGUGAAAACAAGCACUCUGGUGAGUAAUGCACCAUUGCACAAUCUCUCAGUAUUUUCUGAGUAAGUCUUGAAGUUGUCAUGACCCCCAGCCACUAGAGUUGUGUAAUGUGAGUUUAACAUUCUCUCAAGACUGUAGAAAUGAUCAGAUCUUAAAUGAGGCAAGUAUCAAACAGCCUUUUAAAUUUCCUGAUGUCCCACAUAUCAAGAAAACCAACAGACACCAACAAUACAGACGUUACAACACCAAGGUUG